AUGGCUAUCCACAAUAUCCUUUUCGCUUCACUUCUAAUCUGCUUACUGAUCCAAUCCAGUCAUGGUGCUACCAAAGAAAGGCUCUUCUCUGACCUGGAGAAAAGCGCACUUGAGGUCACCGCUACACCCAGCCGUGUUGGAGAAGUUUUGGCUGCAGGAAUUGAUAAGUUGAGCAUUACAUGGAAGGUAAGCUCGACUGCUACAAAGGAGCCUGAAUUUAAGGCCAUUAAAGUAAAGCUAUGCUACGCUCCGGCCAGCCAAGUUGACCGACCAUGGCGUAAGACAGAAAAUGAGCUCUUCAAGGACAAGAGCUGCCCACACAAGAUCUCUUCAUGGUCCUAUGAUCCCGCUGUGAAAACCGCUCAAUCAUUCGACUACACCCUCGAGCGCGACAUCCCUACAGGAACCUACUUCGUUCGUACAUACGCUGUUGAUGCCAAGGACCAUGAAGUUGCUUUUGGACAGAGCACGAACGAGAACAAGACAACCAAUCUCUUCAGCGUUCAGGCUAUCAGUGGCCGCCACAAGUCCUUAGAUAUUGCCUCGGUCUGUUUCAGCGUCUUCUCCGUCCUGGCUCUAUUCGUCUUCUUUGUUAACGAAAAGAGGAAGGCUAAGAUAGAGCAAAGCAAAUGAGGCGUUUACUUUGGGUUAUUGCUACGUUCCACAAAAUGGGGUUGACUUUUGAAUUUUCAACUUUUACCUGCGUGUUUGUAUCGUUAUAUAAAACCAUUCAUCUGGAGCCAAGAAAACUAUCCACGUUGGUGAUGUGUUAUUAGGCC